UGUUAAUCUCAGAAGACGGAGGAGCAGGAGCAUUUAUCAACAAUCGUCUUCUCCCAUCGUGUUAGGGUUUACAGAUUGGCAAUUCCAUCUGUUUCUCCGCACUCACCAACUCUCUGGAAUAGAAGCAGUUCCAAUCUCCAAAUCACUAACUGCAUUCGAAUGCAUCCAACGACACAGCACGGCGUCGCUGUUCCUCCAAUAUUUCGUUUCGGUCAUAUCCCUAAGAUUUUGGACACUGUCGUGCGUCCACUGCACCAUGUUUUGUUCCUUCCCGUCGAUCACGUCCUCUGCCUCUGACCUCGAACCCUAAUUUUUCUCUUCGUCGUCUCAGUUUCCGGUUACUUUGCUUCUCUCUCUAUAACUACUGGUUUUUAAUGGAUGGGGAUCGAAACGAGUUGGGUAGUGUGCAUGAAGGGAAUGUUGAUAUUAGACCUCAGACAUCGAAUAACUUGGACUUGAAUGUGGAGCAGAACUGUUAUAGUAGCCCAAAUGUUACUCAUGCUAAUGACAUUCAGCCCUCUUCUCCUUCUUCGGCUCAUGUAUUCAGUGCCGAUACUGUGUUUGGAAUUGGUACGGAGUUUGAGUCCGAUGAUCAUGCAUACAGAUUCUAUAACAAGUAUGCAAGACUGGUGGGUUUCAAUGUUAGAAAAGAUUGGAUCAAUAGGAGUAAGGUGCAUGGCCAGGUGGUGUCUAGGAAGUUUACCUGCUCCAAAGAGGGAUACCGUAGGAAAGACAAACGAGAUGUUAAUGUGAAGAAACACCGGAAGGAAACAAGAACUGGUUGCUUAGCACAUAUGAUUGUCACGCGGCGACCAGAUGGUAAAUACCUGGUUACCCAUUUUGAAGCUCAACAUAAUCAUGACAAUAUAAACCCUAACAAUGCAAAUGUGUUAAACUUGCAAAAUGAAUUUAGUGUUGCUCAAGCGGUGGAAGCUGACUCAAACAAUAGUUUAGGACCUAAAUCAAAGUCAGCAUUAGAUAUGUUGAAUAAAAAGAUAAAUGCUCGUGAAUCUCUUGAUCUACUUUCAAUGAAUUAUGACAAUUGCCUUCAUUUUGCAAGGGAACGAGAUAUUAGCAAAGGAGAAGCAGGGCGUUUGCUUGGUUACUUCCAGAGGCAGCACUUUGAAAAUCCAACAUUUUUUUAUGCCAUACAGCUUGAUGUUGAUGACAAGGUUAGCAAUCUUUUUUGGGCUGAUGACAAUAUGGUGGUGGAUUAUGACCAUUUUGGUGAUGUCAUUUGCUUGGAUACAGCUUGCAGAACAAAUAAAAAUAUUCGGCCACUUGUACAGUUUUUGGGUGUUAACCAUCACAAACAAGUGUUAAUCUUUGCUGCUGCUUUUCUGUAUGAUGAUUCCAUUGAAUCAUUUAAUUGGCUAUUUCGAACUUUCACUAAUGCAAUGUCUGGGAAAAAGCCAAAAGUCAUUCUCACAGAACAAGAAGCUGUAAUUAUUGAAGCAGUCAAUACAGUGUUACCUGACACAAAGCAUUGUACAUGUGUUAGGCAGUUGUAUGAGAACACUUUGAAACACCUCAGCCAUGUUGUUAAGGAUGUUAAAUCUUUUGCAAAUGAUCUACGGAGCAGUAUUUAUGACCCCAAGGAUGAGGAAGAAUUUACUCAAGCUUGGGAGGCUAUGCUGGAGAAGUAUAAUCUCCAGCAAAAUGAAUGGCUGAGAUGGAUGUAUAGAGAAAGAGAGAGCUGGGCUGUUGUCUUUGGUCGGAAUACAUUUUUUGUAGACAUCAAAGGCUUUCAUUUAGGAGAGGUUUUGUCUCAAAAGUUUAGAAGUUAUCUAAAUCCUGACCUUGAUGUACUUCAAUUUUUUAAGCAUUUUGAAAGGGUAGUAGAUGAGCAACAUUAUAAAGAAAUAGAAGCUAGUGAUGAAAUGAGCAGGUGUUUGCCAAGGCUAAUGGGUAAUGUGGUAUUGUUGAAGCGGGCAAGCGAUAUUUAUACUACAAGAGCAUUUGAAGUAUUUCAGCGAGCAUAUGAGAAGUCUUUAAAUGUUCUUGUUCACCAACAUAGUGGAAAGGGAUCAUUGUUUGAGUACAAAGCAAAUAUAUUUGGGCAUACCAGACAAUACAGUGUUACCUUCAAUUCUUCUGAUGACACAGUUGUCUGCGGUUGUAUGAAGUUUGAGCAUGUUGGAUUUCUGUGUAGCCAUGCAUUAAAAGUUCUUGAUCAUAGAAACAUAAAAGUAGUUCCAUCUCGGUACAUAUUGGAGAGAUGGACAGGAGAUGCAAGGUUGCGAAAACUUAGGGAGAUUAGGCAAUGUAAAAUGCAAGAUAAUCCUAAAAUGAUUGUUGCAAGCUGUUACAAAGAUUUGUGCCACAGAUUGCUCAAGUUAUCAGCAAGAGCCUCUGAAUCUAUGGAGGCUUAUCAAUUUGCCGUGAGGCAUCUUGAUGAAAUGAUGGUAGGAGUGGAGAAAAUCAUGACAUUAAAAGUUGAGGAAGGUCAAGUUAUCACCUCAAAUAAUAUUGAUGUAAAUGCUUCAGAAAGUGAGCCUGCAGAGAUCUUUAUAAAUGGACAUGCAGUUGAGGAUCGGGAUGAAAGUAACAGAGCAAAUGGAGGAAAAGACAGGAGAGCUACAUCAGAUAGGGGUCAUCUAACAACCAUGACUUGUAAUGGAACUGAUUCUGAUACGAUUCUGAAUGUAGAAGUAUCUCCACCAGAUACUGUAGUCUGCAUUUCUAGCCCCUCAUCUGCAUAUGUUUCAUCUCAGUCUGCAACACCAAAUCCCAUUCUGCAGGGUUUGUACAGAUUUGAAGCCAAUCAAGUGGUUCAUUGCAUGUAUGAACAGCCUAAUCUUGUGCUGAACCAUCAAUCUAAUUCUAACAUGUUACAAUCGCCAAACUUCUUUUCUAACCAGCAGGAUUCUCCUGGUCAAUCUCAACUACUGCAGGAGCCUAUAAUCCAGAGCACAUACCAUGAGUCCAUGCCAAGCAAUAAUCAGAUGCGACAGGGGAUGGAUCUUGACAUCCAAAAUCCACAUUCAUCUUCAUUCUUGUUGUAUGACCAUAGAUACAGAAGUUCCGAGUCUGCUUGAAGUACAAGGGAAGAACAUGCUUGAAUCAUUUCUCUAAUACUGUUCUGGUAGUGCCAAUAUUUUUGCUGUACAGUGGGGAUCCAUCUAGAUAAGCAUUGAGAACAGAGUCAACCUUCUCUCUUUGUAGAUAACCAAAUAUUAAUCAUGUGAUAUUGUGUAGCUCAUAUAAACGUUAUAUAAUUUAAUUUUUAUGGCUACACAACUUUUUGGAGUGAAAGCCAACAUAGAUGUACAAAUACGUUCAUAUUUUUUGGUGGAUAAUACAUUCCUUUUCAUCCUCUUAUUUCUUGUCUUGAA